UCAGUAACCUGCAGUUUGGGCUGUCAGAUGUAUCUACAAGGACGUGCAAAGUUGAUCACAUUUAUUUGUACUUCUGACAAUCUUUGCUGUAUGCAUAUGACUGGUUCGAGUGGGAUAUCAAUUUGGCUUGUUGCGUUCUAGCCUGAGUAUCAAGCUUCUCAAAAAUGAGGGGAAAGGUAGAGGAAAACAGGUGGAAAAAAUCCCUCCGGUUUUCUCCUCCUCCCCUCUAUCUCGCGUUCCUCACCACGCCCAUCAUGUUUAAAAUGCACGUGAGAGCCUGGGCCUGCUUAAAACUAAUAUGGCGGACGAGGAAGCGCGAUUUUUGCAACUUUUCAAGUCAGCUAGCUGAACAGUACAUUAAAAUGGCAUUAUCACUACGACAUGUGGCAGAUCAGCUGUUUUCGGAAGUUCGAAUAGCAAAAGAAAAGCAUGGUCACUUGUCAGACGAAUUACUUUCCGCGUUGCACUUCGUAUUCCAUCAACCACUGUUACAUGCAUUGGACCUGGUCGAUCAGAAGAAUGUCACCAAGUUAAUAACACCAAGUGGAAGGGUCCUUUAUCAGGUUGUAGGUAGUUCCAACCAGCUUUACAACUGCCUCAUUACUGGAGAUUUCUGUACUUGCCCAUCUUACACAUUCACUGUGUUAGUCAAGAUGGAUUCCCUCAUGUGUAAACACCUACUGGCUAUUCAUCUCGCUGAAGCUCUUGGUAGAUGCAGGACCCGAGACAUCACUGAUGAAGACUUUGUGGCCUACUUGUGUUACGAUAGUGUCACAGAUAACAGCAGGAACUAGAAACAAUAGUCUUGUUAUCCAUUUCUCGCAAUGACUUCUGAUCUUUACUACCAGAAAUUGAACGUUCUACAGAAGUAAAUAAGUACAUCUAACAUGUCUCAUUUUUUGCUGAAUUUCGUUUUGAGUUACUAACUAUGAAGUUUUUAUCAGUCUAUUGUAAAAGCUUAUCAGCCUUUUGUUUCAACCAGAUAGGUUUCACCCGGUUUUAAAGUGCAGCCAGGCUUCAAUUUUCAGAAAUAAUUGGUUGUAACAAAGAAAUUCCACAGUACCACCAGCUGUACAUAUGAUACAAUAAUUCGUACUUUAAUAAAGAAAUUUCUAUCUGUUGUCAA